GAAGGACUCUGAGGAGGAGGGCCCCGAGCCGCCAAAACUGACUAGAUACAAUAGCCCUGAGGAAAUUAGGGACGAAGGCUUGCGGAAAUUUGGUAACAUGAUGUAUGACGUGGAUGUGGACUUUUUCACUAAAGUCAUAAAUUCCAAUGACUACACUCUAAUGGUACCUGAAGAAGAAAACUGGGACGCGUCUGAAUUUAAUAAUCUAGAAGAGGCAGACAAAUUGGACGUUCUUAAAAUGCACAUACUGAGGGGCCGUGUUACAAGAGAUACAAUUGUUGAUGCAAUUGAAAGCAAGACUGCGCAAUUUCCAACACUUUCUCCCCAGACUCGAUUGUAUUUUGAGAAAUCGGGACGAUCGAUUACCGUGCAAGGACGCAGUGUAAAUGCAAGCAUUAUAACGACCGACAUAAGCGCUCAAGUUCUAUUUCAUAAAAUUGAUAAAAUUUUGGGCAUAGCUGAUUCUACAGUGGUCUUCAUAAUGAAAACGGAUAAGACAUUACACAAUAGUAACGCAUUGGGAGUGAUGUCACUUUUCAACGAUCAAUUAGGCGCCGCAGAUCGUAAUUUUACGUACUUUGUGCCCAGUAAUGCUGCUUGGAACGCAGCAGAAGUAGUAUUCCCUGAAGUUGUUAAGAAAUUAUAUUUACCGGAGUUUGCCUUGCAUACCCAUUUUCUAUUAGAACGUCAUUUGAUCGUUAGCGAUAAAAAAUAUAGUAUUAAAGAAUUGGCGGAUUGGAAUAAAACAGAAAAAUUGCCGGCUUUAAAGGGCUCUUUAACCUUUAAAGUCGAAGAGGAUAUUAAAGGUAAGUAUGAACCAUAA